GAUUGUCAUUGUCAGUUCGCUACUGAAUAAAAUGGCGUAGUUUGUAGUUUUAAGCGAAAGUGUGGUGAAUGAAUGUGGAUGUCUGACUGAUUUUUAAACGACUUACUUUGAAUAAGGUUUCAUAUGUAGCCAAAAGUUUAUGCCUACGUAACAUGAAAGUAGAAAUUUUAACUAGUUUGUCAAUAUUAUUUUCAAUCGCUGCCGUUUGCUUUCUAGCUUUCAUAGGGUGGUACAUCGUCUGGACAUUUGUUCUAAGCCAGUUCCGAUUCAUCAGAGAACUUUUCAGAAGUGGGAGUGAAAACUCCAGCGUUACUGAAUUAAAAACUGCUAGAAGUAAAACAAAGAGGCUCCGCAAGGAAUAAACAGAACCAUGAAUAUUCGUUGUGCAAAGCCUGAAGAUUUAAUGAACAUGCAGCAUUGUAAUUUACUAUGCCUUCCUGAAAACUAUCAGAUGAAAUAUUACUUUUACCAUGGGCUAAGCUGGCCUCAGUUAAGCUAUGUGGCUGAAGAUGAAAAAGGAAACAUUGUAGGAUAUGUAUUGGCCAAAAUGGAAGAAGACAAUGAAGACCUAAAGCACGGACACAUCACUUCUCUAGCUGUAAAGAGGUCCCACCGACGCCUGGGGUUAGCACAGAAACUCAUGGAUCAAGCAUCUGAAGCAAUGGUAGAAUGCUUCGACGCUAAAUAUGUAUCUCUCCAUGUAAGAAAGAGCAACCGUGCAGCUUUAAAUUUAUAUAAAAAUUCACUGAAAUUUGAAACUGUCGAGAUAGAACCCAAAUAUUAUGCUGAUGGUGAAGAUGCUUAUUCAAUGAGGAGGGAUCUGUCAGAGUUUGCCAAGAAAUUAAAAAACAGAACUGACGAAAAAAGUGAAGAGUGAUUUUGAAGCAUUUUUUAAGCUAUAUCAUGACUGCCUGUCCAAUAAAUUUCUAUUUGGUUUUUACACCAAUUAUUUAAUAAUGAAUUUGUUAACUAUCUUUUGAAUAAAUUCAGCGUUGCCUAA